ACCAUUAAUGUCUGUGAAGUUUUUGGUCAACGGUACACACACCACAAGUCACAUGUACCGCAGGCGGAAGACCUUACCGUUGACAGUCAAGUUGUUGGGUUGCCUUUGCCGACUGUAACUUGGCGUCAUAGGCAACAACUGAUUACACCAUCAGUAAGAAAAAUGGUAAAUCUUCGUAUAGCGGCUGAAAUUUUGUUUUUAUAUGAAUAUGAAGACAUAUCAUAAAAAGGACCAAACUUAAUUCCGUUCACUCAAGCUUCUAAGAGUUCUUCCUUUCUGUCCUUUCUUCGGCUUUUUCUAUGUCGAUUCUAUGAGAAGAUCAACUCCUAAACUGGUCCCUGCCAUUACGGAGUCAUCUUACCAACUCGACUCUAUUGUGCAGACAACUCUCUAAAAUGUGUUUCAUCAGAAAGUGGGAAGAAUGAAAAAUGCUGGAAAAAAUGCGACGGUAUUCAUCCUGCCACUUACGACAUGCUUAAUUCAGAAGUGAAGUGUUGGCAGGGUCAUGACAUUUUAGGCCAAGCUCAAGGGGAGGGUUUUAGCAAAUUUCACUGCCAUUGCAGGGAUGGGUCACCUCAUUUCCGAACCCAAAUUUAAAAUUGCCACCCCCCUCCCCCCUGCAAAUUUCUGACAAGUCCCUUAGCAGAUAACACGACAAGACGAAUACUUAAUAGUGCGGCCCUACAAUGUGUUCGUCUUGACCGAAUUGGCUGUACUCCCGCUGCUAACGAACUCUGUCGUGCCCAAUUAUGACAUAAAUGUUCUAACCUUGGACUACUUCCCAAUGCUCCCGCGUUCUUGAAAGGCGCAGCUGUACAGCUACAACUUCGCAUCAAAGGAAUUCAGAGAGCAGACGAUGGAGUUUACAGUUGCAAGGCUGCAAACCGU